GUCAAAUACAAUGGGGCCUUCGGUGAUAUCCCCGGUUUUUCUUCUGGUACUUCUGGUACUAUGUUGCAUUUCAAAAAUCAAUGGAGCAAAUAUUCUUUGCCUUUUCACAAGUCCUGGUCGAUCUCAUAUGAUAAUUGACAUGGCGAUUGCAAAACCACUAAUUGAUAAGGGUCAUAAUGUCACAAUUGUAACAACCAUGGAUCUCAAGGAUAAUAACCCAAAAUACAAUCAUAUAUUUUUGCCACCCUCUGAAAAGGAUUACGCUGAAUAUCAUAGAAUUCUUAGCACUGCAAUGGGGCAGUCUUCUCUCUAUGAUACUUGGAGAGAUAUUUUCUGGGCGAAUGUUGAACGAGUUCGAAUACAGGACAAAGCAAUCAAACAUCCUCGUUUCAAAGAGUUCCUUGAAAAUCCUGGAAAUAAAUUCGAUGUUGUUAUCCUUGGAUGGGUAUUUAAUACUUAUCAGCUUGGAAUUGCAGCACAUUUUAAAUGUCCGGUCAUUGUGAGCUUUCACAAUCAUCCAUCCCCACUUAUAGCGGGUUUCACUGGUACCCCCUCUCCAUUAGCUACCGUUAACUGUAUCUUUUCCUAUGAUCUUUUAUGUUUCAAGAACAGAUUGAGAAAUAUGUUUUUUGCUUUAUUGUGGGGUGCCUUUGAAGAAUUUGGAGAAUACAAAAUGGCUCAAUAUUAUGAUGAGUACUUUUCCGAUGAGAGAUAUCCUCCGUAUGAUGAAAUGAAGAAAAAUGUAUCAUUGGUGUUUUGUGCUUCUCAUUUUGUUGAUGGACGAAUUCGAGCCCUCACUCCAAGUUUUAUAGAAAUUGGUGGAAUCCAGAUUAAGGAGAAAUCUGAUCCACUUCCAAAGGACGUCGAAGAAUUCAUCGAGACUGCUAAUAAUGGUUUCAUUUUCUUUAGUUUGGGCACAAAUGUCAAGACCGCCGACAUAUCACCAAAUGCAACUUUGGCUAUUUUCAAAGUUCUCUCCCAAUCAAAAUAUAAAGUUCUUUGGAAAUGGGAUGAUACUGAUCCUCCAGGCAAAUCACCCAACAUCAUGUUCCGAAAGUGGUUUCCUCAAGAUGAUCUACUGGCCAAUUCAAAACUUAAACUUUUCAUUAGCCAUGCGGGAAAAGGUAGUUCUGUCGAAGUUCAAUAUCAUGGAGUUCCAAUGUUAGCAAUUCCUGUUUAUGGUGAUCAGUUUGGAAAUGCAAAAGAAAUUGCCGCAGAGGGUUAUGGUGUUAUUGUGAACCAUUGGAAUGUUACCGAAGAAAGUUUUCGAAAAGAUUUCUAUGAAAUUCUUGAAAAUCCUAAAUAUUUGAAAGCUGUAAGGAAAUAUUCACAGAAGUACAGGGAUCGACCAAUGUCGCCGAGGGAAAGUGUUGUUUACUGGACGGAGUAUGUUAUAAGGCAUCGUGGAGCCAAGCAUAUGCAGAGUCCAGUGAUUCAUUUGAAUUUCUUCCAAAAGAAUAGUCUUGAUGUUCUAGCUGUUUUGGUAGUAGUUUUGUAUGUAAGUUUUGUAAUUAUUAGAAAAAUU